UUGGCGGGAAAGUGCUGCCGUUGCGAAAGCGUGGCAAAUGUGAAAAGCACGUCAGAAAAUGGCGUUCAGUGACUUUUAGCACAUGUCAAUUUUCUCCGGACCAUCCAUAGUUUUUUGGCUAACUGAUUAAUAAGAAGACUCAAGAUUUGUUUAUUAACUGAUUCGAAAAUGGUUUGCUUCCAAGAAGAAGGGCCCGUUGACUGUUCUGUAUGCGAUUCCACACAGGAAGGUACAAAAAGGUACACACACUUACAGAUUCAACCAUCAAUGCAAGUUUCUCAUAUUUUUAACGAAGUCGCAGCUGCACAUCUAUACAAACCGGAGGAGCUUUGGCUAGUGCUACACAACAGAGAUGGUGCAUCUUUUGUGUUAAACAACUUUAAAGACAAAACAAUAAGGGACGUGGGCGUGAAAUGCCUGCCAGACGAGUGCAACGAGAUCGCGGUGAGCAGCCUGAAAAACAAAAACCUGUCGUGCGACUGCGCGAACGAGGACGACCUGCACCUGGGCGCCAGCGCCAGCCCCACCACCGCGACGUCGGGGGGCGUGGCGGGCCGCCGGGACCCGAAAACUUCCAUGGACGAGUUCUGCGCCAACUUCGACGCGAGGAAGUAUUGCGUUCCCGCGGCCGACCCGAUCAACUACGUGGGCCUGGUCAAUCAAGCGAUGACGUGCUAUUUGAACAGUUUGCUGCAAGCUCUGUACAUGACGCCUGAGUUCAGGAACGCCCUCUACAAUUGGGCGUUCGACGGUCAGAACGAACACAGGUCGAUACCUUUUCAGUUGCAGAAAUUGUUUUUGAAUCUUCAGACUUCUUCUAAAUCGGCCGUCGAAACCACCGAUUUGACCACUAGUUUUGGAUGGCAAGGUAGCGACGCGUGGCACCAGCACGACAUCCAGGAACUCUGCCGCGUCAUGUUCGACGCGCUCGAGCAGAAAUUCAAAGACACCAAACAGUCGAACCUCAUCAACGACCUCUACGAAGGCAAGAUGCUCGACUACGUCAAGUGCCUCGAGUGCGGCACCGAGGGCUCGCGCGAGGACACCUUUCAAGACAUCCCGCUGCCGGUUCGGCCUUUCGGCAGCACCGUCGCCUACAACAGCGUCGAGGAGGCUCUGAGAGCGUUCGUGCAGCCCGAAACCUUGGACGGCAACAACCAGUAUCACUGCGAGAAGUGCAAUAAAAAGUGCGACGCUCACAAAGGCUUGAAGUUCACCAAGUUCCCGUAUCUGCUGACCCUGCACUUGAAGAGGUUCGAUUUCGAUUACAACACCAUGCACAGGAUCAAGCUUAAUGACAAAGUCGUAUUUCCGGAAAUUCUAAACCUAAACUCGUUCAUACCGACGUCGAAGACCGAUCAGCAGGAAAACAACGUCGAGGAACGGGAAACGGCGGUGAAAUGCGACGACUGCAGCACCACCGAUUCCGGAUCGGCGGACGACGAAAGCUGCCAGGGUACCGACGUAUCGUCGACCGUCAACGGGCCGGACGACAACUGCGCAGACAGCGACGAAGGUAUUGAUGUCAGUUCUGGUACUAAUCAUGAAAACGAAGCCAAAGGCCCAUAUAUUUAUGAAUUAUUUAGUAUUAUGAUUCAUUCGGGAAGUGCUUCUGGUGGACAUUAUUAUGCCUAUAUUAAAGACUUCGAUAAGGAUAGAUGGUUUUGUUUUAACGACCAAAGCGUCAGUGCAAUAACAGAGGACGACAUCCGCAAAACGUACGGCGGCGGCCCUCAGCGCGGCUAUUAUUCGGGCGCGUACAGCUCGUCGACGAACGCGUACAUGCUGAUGUACCGGCAAAUCGACAAAGACAGGAACUGCCGCGCGAUAGACGUGGAAAACUUCCCGCCGCACAUAAAAAAACUCCUCGAGCACAUGCGACAGAAGGAGGAGGAGGACCGCAUCAGCCGCGAGAAGGAGAACGACAUGAUAAAGCUGAACGUGUUCUGCCAGAAUCAGGCCACUGGCAACUUGGACGAGUUGAGGAUAAACAUGUAUUCCGAUUCGACGUUGGCCGAGGCGGCGUGCCACGCGCACUACAGGUUCAAGUUGACCGAUUACGUGGACGUGAAGGACUGCCGUUUGGUUAUUUACAACAAGAAGCACGAUUGCGUGCAGUGUAGCUUUGACGACGAUGAGUUAAAGUUUUGCGAUAUCAGCAAUCAGAUAAAUAAGGAGCCGAAAAAGUCCACCUAUCUCUCGAUGAUGUUCACCGACUGGAUGUUGGAGAUAAAGAAGCCCGAUAAGGAGUUUCAAACGUACAAGAACGGCGGUGUUAACAUGAAAGUUUACCCGGUGGAUCUCGACGCCGAGGAAGUUAACGAACCGUCCAGUGUUAGAGUGGACCUGGAAGAUACGGUGGGGGACGUAAAAUGCAAAAUAUCCCGCCUGUUGAACUUCGAUAUGGAGUACAUGAAAGUUGUGAUGCACGUCGCGAAUGAGGCGCCGGUUUUUUUCGAGGACGACUCCGCUUUGGUGGUCUUCGACCCCAAGUUCGUCGACUUCAAGCUCUUUGUUGCUUUCGCGCAAGAAAACGUGGAGAAAGCGCUACUCCACGCGAAAAUGCACAAAGUUAUGGACAAGUUCGGCUCUUUGAUAAGCAUCAACGUCGUUCUUCCGGAUACCGACGUCGGGACGCUGGAGUCGCUCUCGAUUCCCUCGCUGGAUUUGAAUCAGAACUUGGACAAGUUGGAGCUGAGCGGCGGCGGCGCGGGCGCGAGUUCGCCGGGUUUGAGGGUGUCCCCUCAGCCGGGCGGUAUGAGCGGGGACGGGUUCGGGGGCGAUCAGAGCAACAGCGAGGACAGCAGUUUGAGCGACAGCGACAGGACUUUGGUGGGAGACGCGCCGGGAGGCGAAUUCGCGGGAGACUACUCUAGCACCAUGAACUCCCCGGCCGAUCAGCACAUGGCUUCGCCGUCCAAUCCCGCCGAAGACAACUUCAACCACGACGUGUUCGCCGAGGAGAUGAACUGGGACGACGACGAGACGCGGGACGCGGCGGGACAAGGCAAGGACGGCGCCACUCGCGAGCCCAACAGGCCGCACAACCGCUACUUCAAGGUCACCAGCGUGGUGCACCAGAACGCCAGGUGCGUGCGCAUUCUGGCCGACAGGAGGAUGACCAUGGAAAGGCUAAAGAAACACCUGGAGGUGUUCGUCAGAGUUCCCGUCGAUUACUUCAAGUUGUUCCGUCAAUACGGCAACACCGAGGACGAAUGGUCCACCCUCACCGACUCCCUGAAAACCCUGAAAGAUGGCGAACGCAUUGUCGUGAAACUGGGCCGAGUCCUCGGCAAGGACGAGGUCAACUGCAAAAUCUACCACCUCAAGCUGGACUACAGCGAACCCAACACUUUCUUGUUCGAGCACAUCGUAGCCAAAGGCCAGACUGUGGGUGUUGUGAAGAGGGAGAUUUUGGUGCAGAUGAAAAAGCAGCACAUGUUGGAUGUGCAUUACACAAAGUGCAGAUUGAGAGAUAAAAGUUGGAAGAAGCCGAGGAAAGUUUAUCUGGACGAUCAGAUAUUCGGCGACGAUAUUAUCAUGACGAGCAACAUGGAUAUUUAUCUGCAGGAACUUCACACAUUUGAAACAGUAACUUCGGACACGUCCGCGGUGCUGUUCGUGCGGCGCUGGUGUCCCUCGACGUUGCAGCUGGAGCGGCUGCAAGAGAUCGCGAUGGACACGCAGAGCGUCGACGAGAUGAGGCAGCGCAUCUCGGACGUUUCCGGCAUACCGACCGAAAACGUGGACUUCGCGCACGUCAAGACGGCCUUCCCCUGUGAUAUGCACCUGUUGGAGAUCGCCGACGAACUGACCUGGAAUCCCAACGUGCAGAUGCUGCAGCAAUGGCCGCUCAACGCCGACGACGGCAGCGUCUUCUUCUAUAGAGAUAACCGCGAAACGCCGAAAGAGCUGACGGCCGAAGAACGCAAAGAAAUAAACCAGCGCGAGAACUCGCGGCUCGGCAGGCACAGCACGAAGUCGCCGGGCCGAGAGAGGGCGCUGAAAAUCUACCUGGACACGUCGCCCGCCAAACCAGACGACCACUGUACAGACUGACAGGCCAGUAAACCCCACUACACGUCUUUGUUUUAUUGCGCAAUCAGUUAACCGGACAGCCUGCAGCAUUCGAGCGACACUUCCGACGAAGAAACGGUAAGUUAGCUGUUGGAACAAACCCUCUACACCGUUGACAGUUUUAGGUUAGGUUUUAGGAGUUUUCGGGUGGCGUUAGGUACACUUUUUCGAUAAAUUUUUUGUUGAAAACCGGAAAAAAUUGCCUGUGCGUUUUCAGAAAUUUUUCCCCAUUAAAUAUCAUACCGUAUUAUUUGGGUUUGUUCCAACGCAAGUGUAUCGUUUUUUCGCAAUAAUAAACAACAAUGUGUAUUUUGCUAAAUUAUUAAAUUAUUAUAAGUUUUGUUGUUUUUCUGUGAUUCCACCCAAAUAAUAUUCAUAAUAAAGUAUCUAAAGGAAAAUAUAAAUUUUAAAAUAUAACACUUUAAAAGCACAAAUCUCGUGAAU